UUUUUCGUAUACAUAACGUCACUUCCCGGAAAAUAAAGUCCCUCAAUACGGAAGUAUAAGGAAGAAAACACAAUUUUGUCGACUGGAAGUCAGAGUAGACGCCUUCAACACAGAUUUCUUUUUGAACUGUUCUCGACGACGUCAAAUUAUGAUGCAAGCCAUUUUUGGGAGCAGAAAGACUCCAGAUCAGUUACUCCGAGAGAAUCAGAGGGCGCUCAACCGAGCCAUGCGAGACCUGGACAGAGAGCGAUCAAAACUGGAGCAACAGGAGAAGAAGAUUAUUGCUGAUAUAAAGAAAAUGGCUAAGCAGGGACAAAUGGAUGCUGUCAAGGUCAUGGCAAAAGAUUUAGUUCGCACACGGCGCUAUGUUAAAAAGUUUAUCAUGAUGAAAGCCAACAUCCAGGCAGUUAGUCUGAAGAUACAGACACUGAAAUCCAAUAACGCCAUGGCACAAGCUAUGAAAGGUGUCACUAAAGCCAUGGCCACCAUGAACAAACAGAUGAAGCUGCCUCAAAUUCAGAAGAUUAUGAUGGAGUUUGAAAAACAGACAGAAAUAAUGGACAUGAAAGAGGAGAUGAUGAAUGAUGCCAUUGACGAUGCAAUGGGUGACGAUGAUGAUGAGGAGGAAAGUGAUGCCAUUGUAUCACAAGUGCUGGAUGAACUGGGUUUGAAUCUGUCCGAUGAACUGUCAAAUCUGCCAUCCACUGGUGGAAGCCUGUCUGUAGCUUCUGGAAAGAAAGCUGAGCCCCAAAGUGCUGCCAUGGCUGACGCAGACGCCGAUCUGGAGGAGCGACUGAAUAAUCUCCGGAAAACCGAUUGAAGAUUCUCUGGAAAAGCUAAACAGUGACAGAAGAGCGUGCCGUCUCCAGGCCUGUUAGGAUAUAAUCAUAUCCUCUCUUUGAUUCUUUUGAGGGGAUAACGGGCAGAACAGUCUCAGUUGCCUCUUCUAAGGUGUAUUGCUUUCUCUCUGAGGUGUUCUUAUCCGUACGUCAUGUAUUUUAUCAUCCAACCCACCACUCAUUCACAGGUAGUCAAUUCUGGAACAUACGUAUACGUUACCAAAAGCUUACUGUUGAAAAAAAAUCCAAUCUGUGUAAAUAUUAGCUUGUGGUGACAUGCUGUUUUCAUACUAAACACUAAUUCAAAAAUAUUGAAUAAAUCCAAAUCAGUUUAUAUUUCAUAAGGUUAAUUUAUGCACGUCAGCACUCUUUCCAAGUUUUUCUUUUUAUAGCUUUUGGUUGCAUUUGUUUGUGUAAGCUUGCUACUAUCAGUUUGGAUAAAGAGGCUGUGAAAGUGUUGUUACUGUAUUCUCACAACCUCUCCUAAAUUAACAAAUGGUAUAUAUAAAGAUCUUUAAAAGAUGAGACUCUCCCUUUGACUCUUCACCAUUAAAGACCCAUAUGUUUGUGGUGUUUGAGAACAUUUUGGGGUUCUUAAAAUGAUGAGAAGUUUUUGACUGUCCUGUUUUGCUUUUCUUUGCUAAAUAAACAUGAUUCCAUAUUGUAAAA